ACUUUCAGUGUACAAAGCAAACAUCACCAAUUAAUAUUUUCUAAAUAAUGCAUUUUAUAUAGUUUUCAAGAAAAAAAAAUAUUAGAGAUGAGCACAGGACAAGAAUUUUUUACCUGUCCUGUUCUGUCCUGCUAACUUUUCUGUCCUGACGGGCGGUAGGGCAGGACAAAAAUAAAAAUCUUGUCCUGUCCUACAGGACAGGACAGAACCGGGCACCAGGACAACAGGACCCUCCUGUCCUGUGCUUAUCUCUGGUUACUAUCGAUUUAAUUUUGUUAGGCUAAGGAAGUUAAAAUCUCUUUGAUACAAGAAAGUUCUUAUUCAAGAAACCUUUAAAAUAGUGUCUAUCUGAUUCAAUGAGCAGUCUGACUACAAAGCACGUGGAGAAUACGUACAAAUACCAUGCAUUAAAAUCAAAGGGUGGAUUUUUUGCAGUGGGGUCGCCAUGGAUUCUGACCUUUGCAAAAUUUUGUUGGUCUGUCAUUUAAGCACGAAUAGAGCUAGGAUAUCAUCCAGUUAUAUUUCCAAAAUAUUACAGAAGGUACUAGGGUAUGGAUGUGUGAGCGUUGUUAUGUCCUCUAUUGAAACAUCCUGACCUUCACACUUAUGCUCUAUCCUUAGGUAAACGCAUCUUUUCAUGCCAAUGCCUUUUGGUAGAAUAUAGUUUUUCUGACGAGGAACAUCAGAAUUGAAAGCAACAUUUGAAAUUCGAACGGGACGUUCAAUGAUCUCUUAUAACAUUUUCAGAUCUGCAAAAGAAAUGGCAGUUUCGAAGGAGAAUCCAUCGUUUCGUCGAAAGUUAGCACUGAUUAUCGGCAACGAUAAGUACAAAAAGUCAUAUAAUAGACUGAAUCAUUCUCUUAAUAAUGCUAACGAUCUGAGUGAUGUGCUCAAAACAAUCAAUUUUGAAGUGACAACAUUUUAUGAUUUAAAUAAGCAACAAUUGAUCACAAGUAUUAUUGGUUUUGCUAAAACUAUCCGUGAUGGUGACUUGGUUUUAUUCUACUAUUCCGGUCAUAUUUGCGAGGCCAAUAGGAAAAACUAUUUUAUGCCUGUUGAUGACACUACAAUAAGAAGUGAUAUAGACAUUGAAGACUUCUCAGUCAACAUUGAAAGAACACUUGCACGACUAGUAGAAACAAAUCCAUCGUACUUGACCGUAUUUCUCUUGGAUUGUUGUAAACCAUACUUGCUGAAAAAUACAUCAGCAUCCAAUGGUAAGUCCAACUGUUAAUGACAUUAUAACAGCAAUGUUCGUAUUUCUUUAGCUGCGAUCGAAGGUAAAGGUUUGCCUGAAAUUAAACCACCUGCUGGAGCAUUCAUUCAAUAUGAUUGUGCUGCCAAUCAGGCAAUCAAAGACGUUCUGGAAACAGAUCAUAACAGUUUAUUCACCAAACACUAGCUAAGAAAUAUUACUAGAGAAAAUGUCGAUUUCACCGACAUUUUUCGAGAUAUAGCCGACGGCGUCUACAAGGAAAGCAAUGGUAAACAACGACUAUUAUCUAUGAACGAAUUUCAGAAACAUGGACCAGUCUAUCUCAAUAAAGUGGUCAAGCCUGUGAAACGUGAGUUAAACAGAAGUCACAUCAAAUGUUUAACAUUAGCCUUAAAGGAAUCUGUUGAACACUUGACUAUCAGAAACAGGCAUGCUAAAUAAGUAGAAGAGUCAGGUGUCUUAUAACGUCGAGGUUGCUUUUCCAUCUGUACGUUAAAUCGCUUAAUUUGAGAAGAUCCUGAUAAAUUUUUACUGUCGAAGACUGGGGCACUUAAGAAGUCAUCUGUUCUCAUCGAUUGUGGUACUGGAAAUAGUCAUAGCAAUGUAAAUAUCUCAAAUUAAUACAAAAAGGCAUAUACUCCAUCGGACAAAAGUUCCUUAAUUGGUACUUGCUAAGGUAGAUUAUUUGAAUAUAUUGUCUCAAUGUUCAAAGGAGUCAAUGAAACUGAAAAAAUUCAAAGCAAGAAAUAUUUUUUGUUUGGAAAACUGUUUCCCGAUCAUUUGUGCUCCUAGUGUCUAUAAUAAGCCUUGUGUUGAUGGCAAACAUGCCGUUUAUUUUUACUGGCAACCAAACUAUUAUGAUCGAAGACAUCCAAACAUUAAUUAAUAUGCAUUUUUACAAGAUAGGCCAUCUUGAACAUAUUGAAGACUUAAGUCGUCUUGCAAUAGUAAUCUAUUGAAGUAUACCGAUAUUGAGCCCUCCACUUCUAUUAUUCGCGUAAUAGAAAUAAUUGAUACACUUUGUUCUCUCGGAUAAAGUUUUCUGAUUCUUUUUGAGUUUGUUUCAUUUCAGAUACAAAAAUAAUAAUGCUGUGCGAGCCUUUCGAGGACAUCAUCGACUCUCAGAAGGAAAAACUACGAAGUAAUAAUGUUUCAAGGAGUAGACGGAUUUAUAUCGUGUUUAACGUACAGCAAGCUCUUGAUUCGGAUACUGAUGAUAAAUUCCGACGGAGUAAAACAUUUAUUACUGACCUAUAAACAUGCUAUAUGUUGAAGCCUAAUCUCACAUAGGAUUUAACUUAUGUGAAUAGCUAUUUAGCACUGUUUUUGCCUUUUCAGUAUUUUUGAAAGUCGAUCAUUAUGAUAAGUUAUUGCGUAUUUGUUGACAUUCACAGAGUAAAAUUCACGCGCCUUUUAUUCACAACAUUUGUUCUUUUCAACAGAACCAGAACCUGAUCAAUUCCUUGACAAUGAUUGGGAUGAAAAAAAUGACGGCAGCCUCGAAUUAACUAAAAAGGCGCAUAUACAGGUAAAAGCUUACUAUGACAAUUUUCCAAGCAUUGACGACGUUACAAACGAUACACGACAAGAAGUUAAACAAGCUAAAGCAUUUACGGAUUCAAUUCUUCAAAAUUUACCUUCUGGAAAUGUAACUGAAAGAGCAACUGCAUGUCAUGUAUUAAAGAAUUUGCUUGAAGCUCAAAAUAUACAAUGCCUAUUUUAUGAUUCUAAGCACGGUAAAGAUCUCCGUGAUUCAUCUGGAAUUUUGGCUGAAAUUGACUCAAAAGAAAGACCAUUCGUAUUGAAAUUAAACAAUUGUAAAGGAUUAGGAGGCAGCAUGGGACCAAAAACUGAGCAUGGCGCUUUAAGAUUGUCUCGAAUAUUACUAGAUGCACUUGAGAAAAACGAAUCUCAUCCAGUUAUUGAAGAUGUACGAAAGCGGUUAUCAGAAGCGCAUCGAACCAAUAAAGAGAAUAUUAGCGUAAAAUCCAUAUAUGUUGGCUCAUUUAAUGUGGCUUACACUGUAAAAGAUUGGACACCUGAUGCUGUGGAGUCACUUCCGGAACUUGAAAAAAACCUAAAAGAUAAAUUUGAACAAUUUGUAGCUGCAAAAAUUCAUCCAUUACUGUGUCGUCCAGCAUUUGAUAUCUCCUUCUUUGAUAAACAAAGAAAUAAAACGUUCUCGGAUUCAUACGAAACUCAUCAAGUUGGCCCACCUGGAAAGACUCAGACUUAUAUCUCACCGGCCGGAUGGACGAGAUAUGGAUUGAAAGUAUUAGACAAGUACUCAAAUGGAAAUAAUUGGUUACAUCCAUUUCAAGAUCCUGGCAAUUGGUACCGAGCUUUUCAUGGGACAGGACGCGCAUCGGCCGAUGAUUUUAAUAAAUCUAAACAGUCUUUCGAUCAACAAUAUGCAUCUGUCGAUGCUCUUGGAAGUAUCUAUAAAACUGGAUUUCGUUCGGCAAGAGUGGCUGCAUUCGGAGCUGGCGUUUACUGUUCUCCAGAUCCUAAAUUUCCUGAAAAGGGAUAUGUCGGAGUUGUUCAGUGCGAUACACAACAAGGGAAAAAAAAAUUUAAAUGUAUGUUGCAAGUAGCUGUGAAUCCUGACGGUGUCAGAAUUGCUACCGACAAGGAAAUAUGGGUCGUACCGAAUCCUGAAGACAUUCGACCCUACGGCAUACUUAUCAAAGAGGCUUAA